CAUAAAGUCGCACUGCAUUCUUCUCAUCGACAGUGGCAAAAUUUUCCCGAAGAAAUGGAAGUUACAAAGGCUACCAUCGGUUCCGAUCCGUGGAAAAAUGCAAGUAUAAGAAACAUAAGACUUUCUCAGACAGUUCUCAACCGUAGCGACAAAGCAUGUGAGCUGGGACAGCAGUUGGACCCCUUGCCAUCGCUAAGAGACACUAGUAUACAACAGAGCAAUGCCAGAAUACAUGCCUACGUUCGGGCGACAAGGGCUGUCUUAGUGAAGCUCCGAGAAAGUUUGUUAGACACGAAUGAAGAGAUAAAAUCUCUGUUGAGAGGGAAGGAGGAUUUAGAAAAGACUCUGGAGCAUAUUCGUAAAGAUAUUAUCUUAAACACACGAUCUACGAUGCAACGGCAAACGAGACCGCCACGAGAAAAGGACCUUGAUGGAGCAGAUGACCUCCUUGGAGCUGAGCGCAAGCAUUUACUGAAGCUUAAGCGAAUUCUGGAGGCUCAGCUUCGCUCUGUUCAGAAACAGCUUCAAGUGCUUGAUGGAGCAAGGAAAAGGCUCACUGCCUCCUUACAAGAGAGGUCAAGGGUACUGGACCUUAUAUGCCAUGCUGUAUCUGCAGUCCGUGGUGCUGGCAUCAAGGAUCAGGCAGAGAAGCCUGUCACACCACCUGUGGAACCACUGGGUCCUUACACUCCUGAAUGUGCAAGGGUGAUUUCAACAGCAGCAGAGGCACGGCAGAGAUCUACUAAUUUGCGUAAGGAAGUUGCAGAAGCCAUUGAGCAGACAGUUAAGCUACAGAAGGCAGCUCAUCAAUCUGUGAAUGACGGAUUGACUCAGAAAGUUGCUGAGACAGUCACCAUGAAGCAACAUCUUUUGGUUGGUGCCGGUGAAACUCAAAUGGCCAUUCAUCGAAGUCAACGCUGGUAUGAUGCCACAGAAAUGGCUCUUGGAUAUACACUGGGACCUGUUGCUUAUUCUGACCUUACCACUCGUGAGCGUUUGGACCGUCCAGCAGUGCAAGUCUACCAACGUCAUCCUGGUAACCAAUUGCCUGAGGCUCGUGAGAUUGUUAAGGGAGGAGAGGGUCUGCAGGAGUCUUUGAAUGCCACAGCUCGCAAUGUUGGUCUCUUGAGACUUACCAAAAAGAGAGUUGAUGAUGAUGCAAGGGAUAAACACCGUGCUGCCUUGAUUGAUGCUAGUGUUACCCGUAUGCGUAGACGUUUAGGAAAUCACCGUUGGGUGAUCAAUGGUGUAGGGUGUUAACUUCUGGUGGCUAAAUUUAGUCUCUGUUUAUAAACUUUGUAGUUUUGAUUGACAUCAAGUUUUAAAUGGAUAGCAAUCCAAAAAUUUCCUGAUACAACUUUUUUUUUUCUUAUUCAUUUUACAAUGGAAAGCCCUUUUUCACUGCAAGAAUGAUAUAAAGUAGUUCAAUUGGUUUCAUUUUUGAAAAAUAUACGUAGGUAAUAUAUUUGAGGAAGAAUUCAUUUGAAAUUUAUCUUGAAAAUUGGCACUCAGUGUUUGGUUGCACUAUUAAUGAACUGAAUGGGAUGUUACUGGAUUUAUUAUGGGCACAGUAAUAGGCAUGGAAAUGAGACCAAAGGAAAUAAAUAUGUUUCAUUUAAGGCUUGAUUUGUAAAUAAAAUACAUUGAGUGUCUCUAAGAUUGGUUAUUUAUGAUGAUGGUUGGCAAAAUACCACAUUUCAGAUAAGUUUAUUCUAAUUCACUGCAAUAGUGUUAAUAUAUGACAUAUGGCUCAUUUCCAGUUGACAUCUCUUUGAUUUAAAAUGGUGGCAAUUCAUCCAGCUGUAGAUAGUCUUAAAACUUGAUAUGUCUCAACAACUCUACCUUUUGUUUUUCCAUGUGUGAUAAGAAAAUGAUAGUGAUGAGAGUGAAACUGUGUCAAUAAAAUUGUUCUAAAUGA